UGGGCGGAGCUCAGUUUGAAUUAGAGUCCCGCCGCAGACAGAAGUGUCAGGUUUCCUUGAGCGUCAGUUAGCAUGAAGCUAAGCUAGUCCUCCAUCAUUUUAACCCGGGCAGAGUUUUAUCAGUUUUUACUGCUUUUGGUAAGCAGCACGGAGCUUUUAUGGACCAGUACGGCACUUCUUAAACUGUCUUGUCUCUGGUGUUUCGGCCCGAAUAGCUUUGUAACUGCUGUGAAGUUAAAGUGAGUCCGUUACCAUGGCAGAGGGAGCGGACUGCGGUGCAGUCAACACCGCGAAAAGGAGACAAGCAGCGGGGCGGAAGAGCCGACCGAGCCAGCUCAAGAAGUCCUCCAGCAGCCGGGUGAGUCUGGAGAAAGUUCUGGGUAUCAGCACAGCAAGUGGCAGCGGUUUGACCUCUGACCCCAACACUGGACUCAUAGCCUAUCCUGCAGGGUGUGUCAUCGUGCUGCUUCACCCAAAGAAGAACAAACAGAGACACAUCAUCAACUCGUCCAGGAAACCCUUCAGUGCUCUGGCCUUCUCCCAUGAUGGAAAACAUCUGGUCACUGGUGAGAGCGGGCACAUGCCCUGUGUGCGUGUGUGGGAGGUGGACGGAGGUCAGGUGGCCGAGGUUCAGUCUCAUAAAUACGGCGUUUCCUGUGUGGCGUUCUCCACCAACGGCUGCUACAUCGUCUCAGUGGGAUACCAGCACGACAUGACUGUCAGCGUGUGGGACUGGAGGAAAGGUUCUGUCAUCGCCUCCAACAAAGUGUCCAGCAGGGUGUUCGCCGUGUCUUUCGCUCAGGACAGCAGCUACUUCGUCACGGCAGGAAACAGACACGUCAAGUUCUGGUACCUGGACGCCUCAAAAGAACGACGGGUAAACAGCACGGUGCCCCUGAUUGGGCGGUCAGGGUUGCUAGGUGACCAUAAGAACAGUGUGUUCAGCGGGGUGGCGUGUGGGCGUGGCCUCAUGGCGUGCAGCACCUACUGCAUCACCGGCUCCGGCCUGCUGUGUCUGUUCAACAGCAGCCGACAGCUGGAGGCCUGGGUCAACCUCAAGACGUCGUCUGCGAGCUGCCUGGUCGUCAGCGAGGACUUCGUCUUCUGCGGUUGUGCUGACGGCGUCAUCAGAGUAUUCAGCCCGUCCAACCUGCAGUACGUCACCACCCUGCAGCGACCCCACCGGCUGGGAGUGGACCUCCGCCAGAGCGCACAGCCCGGCAGCCUGUUACCUGGCAGUCCAGGCGCUCAGUACCCCGACACGUUAGCGCUGACCUUCGACCCCGCCGCCAAACACCUGACCUGUGUGUACAACGACCACAGCGUGUACGUGUGGGACGUCAAGGACGUGAGGAACGCGGGGAAGCUGUACUCUGCUCUGUACCACAGCAGCUCAGUGUGGAGCGUCGAAGUGUAUCCGGAGUUGUCAGAUGCGUCUCAGGCCUGUCUUCCUCCGUCCUCCUUCUUCACCUGUUCAUCUGACAACACCAUCAGGCUGUGGCACACCGACCCCCCCACUGGACACAGAAACUUCUACAGCAACGACCUGCUGAGGAUUCUGUAUGUGGGGGAGGACACGCAGCACCUGCAGGCGGAGGGCGAGAGGGCGGAGUCAGCAGGGGCUGAUGGGAAGGCUGGCAUCCGAGUGCUGGGAGUGAGUCCCGAUGGACGGCACCUGGCGGCGGGAGACCGCUGUGGAAACCUGCGGAUCUUUGGUCUGGAGUUUCUGGAUGAGCUGGUGAAGAUUGAGGCUCACGACUCGGAGGUGUUGUGUCUGGCGUUCUCCCCCACAUCCACAGGCGUGAAGCUGUUGGCGUCGGCCAGCAGGGAUCGACUGAUCCACAUCUUCAACCUGGAGCAGAACUACAGUCUGGAACAGACUCUGAACGACCACUCUGCCUCCAUCACGGCUGUCAAGUUCACAGGUGAGAGUCCGGAGGUGCGAAUGGUGAGCUGCGGGGCUGACAAAAGCAUCUACUUCCAGACUGCCGAGCAGACGGCGGAGGGUUUGCUGUUCUCCAGGAGUCACCACGUGGUGGAGAAGACCACGCUGUACGAUAUGGACCUGGACUCGUCGAGGACGCACGUCGCCAUCGCCUGUCAGGACCGAAACAUCAGGGUCUACAACGUGGAGACCGGGAAGCUGAAGAAGUGUUUGCGGGGCUCGUCCAGUGAUGAAGGAGCUCUGCUGAAGGUUCAGAUGGAUCCGUCGGGGUCGUUCUUUGCCACCAGCUGCUCUGAUAAAAACAUCAGCAUCUUCGACUACGAGUCGGGAGAGUGUGUCGCCGCCCUGUUCGGACACUCGGAGAUCGUGACCUGCAUGAGGUUCAGUCAGGACUGCAGACACCUCAUCACCGUGUCAGGAGACAGUUGUGUGUUUGUGUGGAGGCUGGACUCUCACAUGACGAGCACCAUGAGGAAGAGGCGGGGCCUCAGACUGCCCGCCGCACCUGAAGCCUGCCGCCGCAGACAUCAGAACAUCAGGAGGGAGACCUUCAUCACCGUACCUUCCUGUCAGCUGCCUCAGACGGAGGAGGAGGAGGAGGCUGACGUCAGGACUCCAGCCAGACCGGACUGCACUGCAGAUCCUCCACCGCUUCAGACCAACGGAAAGCUGCCCAUGUGGUUCAGACGGCUGCAGGGUCAAGGCGAAGCUUCUUCCGUCAUCCAAUCAGAUGCUGAGCCUCGUCAGGUACGGAGUCGCUGGUCAGAGCAGCUUGACCCUCUGAUCAUCUGCUCCAACUUCUCUCCGAGUCAGGUGGAGGACGAGGACGAGGAGGAGGUGGAGGACGAGGAGGAAGAGGAAGACUUCCACCCUCAGAGCCUGGAGAGUCUGCUGGGUGAGGUGGAGGAGGUGGAGGAGGAGGAGGAGGUGCUGCAGAAUCCAGGUGAGGACAGGAGCAGCUACAUUCUGUACCCCAGCAACGCUGAUGCUGACAGGGAGUUUGACGUCGAGGGUGUGGCCGACCCUCGGCAGGCUCUGACCCAGCUGGAGGUCAAAGGUCAGGGGGCGGGGCCAGUGUGGAGCACUCAGCUGAGUCCAGACUCCGCCUGCUCUGAAGGCUCAGCAGGAAGUCUGGAGCCGCAGCAGGAGGCGGACACAGACUCUCUCAGCCAGGGCAGCUCUGUGGGCAGUUUGUGUCUGGAGGACGACGACGAUCGAAACUCUCUGAAGAACCACUUUGACACUCUGGCUUCCGGUCUGAGCGACGAGAAGUUUGACACAGACCCGAGGACCCUUCAGCCCCCGGAGGAAAAACACUUCCUGAACCCUCGACUCAGCAUCUCCACCCGCUUCCUGUCCCGAUUCCAGGACAGAAUCAGGGCCUGGCCAAGCCGAGCUCCGCCUCCGGUCUCGAUCCCCACCGGGAUCUCAGAGGAGAGCGGCGCCAGCAACACAUCGGUGAACUCUGAGUUGAGCGGUGACGUCACCUCGGCCGAGUCCAGUCAGAGAGGAAACGGCGGCGGCAGCAGUGGAGCGAGAUGCAGCCGCUCGGUCCCUCGGCGCAGAGCUUCCUGCUUGAUUUCCCAGCAACCCCUUCGCCGUCCAACACGCCGACGACACACUGUGGUUAUCGUCCAGUGUAAAGAAAGGCUGCGAGACAUCACCUCGAGGACUCAGGGAGCCCACACCAGCAGUGUGGUGUCUUCAGUCCAGCACGGGACGCCUCAGCUCGGAUAUCUGGGAACCACAGCCAGCUCCAGGGCCAAACUGAGCCAGGACCAACCCACCUCCACCUGCACUCAGGAGGAGGAGAAAGAGAACAUGUCCUCCUCUCCCGCAGACCUCCAGCCUCCUGCGCCCCUGCUGCCUGCAGGUCUGGACCUCUGCAGCACCAGGGCUAACCCCCAUCAGGACCAGACCAGCAGCGUCGCUCUGUUGUCUCGGCAUCAUGAACCUGCAAGCCCGCAGGUGUCGACCACGCCCACUGAGAUGAUGUCACUGUGUGAAGUCGGGAGGUGGAGCGUCAGCAGCGUUGAGGAAACGCCGACAAAUCAAACCGUCAUCCAAAGCUCCGCCCCCUCCUCGACCCCCACAGGUACGCCCACCAUCUGUGACAUCAUUUCCUGCUCCGCCUCCAUGCAGGAGGAAGGUCCAGGAGGGCCUGAGACCAGAAUCCAGACCGAUCCAGUAUCCGACCCCUCUGGGGGCGUGGAGUCGUCCUCCUCCGACCCCUCUGGGGGCGUGGAGUCGUCCUCCUCCGACCCGUCUGGGGACGUGGAGUCGUCCUCCUCCGACCUGCCUGCCGCCUCCUCCUCACCUCUGUCAGAAAAACUGCGCCUCCCUCAGACAGGUUCCGGUGAAGAGUCGGUCAGUGUGCUGCAGUGUCAGCAGGUCGCCGACGAGCUGAGACACACGGCGAGACGAGCCACGCACCUCUACCAACAGCUCAGCGCGUCGGCCGACGGUUCAGAGCGACGGCGUCUCAUGUCGUCCGUCCUGCAGGAGGCGUUUAACGCCGUUCACGCUGAGCUGCAGGUGGUGCUGCAGGGUGGAGACGGGUGGAGCAGCAGCACCCCCUCUGGUCCACUGGGGGACGACAGGACGAUGUCUCUGCUCGAGAAAUACUCUGAACAGCUGGUUCAGAUGACCCGGAACAAACUGAACCAGAUCUGAGCCAGGAGCCCAGGAGACAAAAUUCACGUCGGCAUUCGCCAAGUGACUCCGAGCUGAUUUCAUAAAUAUCAGUAUUGUUUUUAACGCACCUUACGUUUGUUUUUAUGGCAGCAAAAUGUUUUAUUUGUUUUAAGUCACUUUUUGUAUGUUUGUACAUAAACUUUAGUUUUCUGUUUAUUAAUAAAUAUUUAGUGUUUCUCACAGUUUAACAUUUUCGACUUCAGUAUUUAAAAUGUUUAUUUUUUAGCUAAAUGGAGAAGAAGAAAAAAUGAUUAAUUUUACUUUAAACAACAUAAAUUCAACGCUGAGGCUCAUCGCUCAUAAUCACUGCCAUUAAACGGGUACACAAAACGAACUGCCAAAUUUAAUGAGAAUAAAGUCAAAAUGUUGAGGAAAAA